GCGACUGGCCGUGAAAAUUCCUCGACGCGUUGUUCAUUUCAUAAUUUUUAUUCGAACUACGCAAAAAUGGAAUUAACUGCAUUUUUAACAGGAUUAUUUUGUGUUGCUGUCGUGGCAACUGCCACUAAUACGCCGCUUAGUUCGCAACAACUGCAACUCGCUGGCAAUGGCUCUGUGGUCUCAGCUGAAAGCGAUUCGCAUACAAAUUUUAACGUUACGCUGCAGUUGACAGAGACCGUCGACAGCAAUUGUCCCUCGCUGAAGGAUGCGGACACCAUAACGCAAGCGGAGCUUAUAACGCAUCUCACCGACAGCUGUCGCUACGAUCGCCUCGAGCCACCGACGACAGUUAACGCUGCUGGGGAGAUCCAGCCCGUGGAUGUCUAUGCGCGUUUUUAUAUCUAUGUGCUGAAGGACUUGGACUCGAGUGAUCUACAGUUUGUGGUGCAGGGAUUACUGCAGCUGCGCUACGUGGAUUAUCGUCUGGCGUUUUCGCAGUAUGCGCCAAAUCGGCAGCAGCCAAUUGUGGGCGACUCGACGAUGCGGGACACAGUCUGGGCGCCGCACAUAUUUCUGGCCAAUGAGCAGAGCUCGAAUGUGCUGGGCACCACCGACAAGGACAUGCUGACCAGCAUCUACCCCGAUGGCACUGUGUUCAUCUCCACGCGCAUGCAGGCCACGCUCUAUUGCUGGAUGAACUUCCAGAAGUUUCCCUUCGAUGACCAGAAGUGCACCACAGUGCUGGAGAGCUGGAUGUACAACACGUCCAUGCUGCAGCUGCACUGGGAGUCCAAGAACCCGGUGAGUUUUCACACGCAGCUGCAGCUUACGGAGUACCAGUUGGGCGGCUGGACGUGCAACGAGUCCGUCAGCAUCUCGGACGACCUGAACAUGUCGCAUGGCGCGCUCAUGGGCAACUACAGUGCGCUGAGCUUUAGUGUGAUGCUGACGCGCGAGGUGGGCUACUAUGUCAUCGACUACUUCCUGCCCUCCAUGAUGAUUGUCUGCAUAUCGUGGGUGUCCCUAUGGCUGCAGCCGGAUCAGACGCCCGCGCGCACGAUGCUGGGCUGCACCACGCUGCUGUCGUUCCUGACGCUCUCCUUGUCGCAGGAGAACAAUCUGUCCAAGGUGAGCUAUGUGACCAUGUCGGAGGUCUGGUUUCUGGUCUGCACCGUGUUCAUCUUCGGCAGCCUCAUGGAGUUCGCCUUUGUGAACACCAUUUGGCGGCGCAACAACAAUCUGGAGCUGAAGAAGCGCAGCACCAAGUACAUAGUGCGCUCCACCUUUGUGCCCACCCGCAUGAAGCGCAAUCCACGCAGCUUCAAUCGGAGCCAGAGCCAGAACACACUCAGCAGCUGCAACAAGAACUCCGGCGAUACAGUCAUCACCAUCGAGACGCCCAUCAUUCUGGGCGGCAAUGGUCUCAGUCGCGAGAACUCGUCGAUGAGCCUCGACGAUAAUGCAACCAGCAUGAGUUCCAGCUCCACAGCGACGCUGACAGAGACGCCAGCGGAGAAGCCAGCACAGACGUUCGCCACCAUGACACCCAAGGAGGUGUCACUGUGGAUCGAUCGCAAAAUGCGCUUCGUCUUCCCGCUCGCCUUCAUUGUAUUCAAUGCGCUCUUCUGGACUUUGGUCUACUGCCUGUGAGCGAGCUCGAAGCAAAGUUCAAUUUGUUUAGUCUAUACAACUUUUUAUACUGCU